CCUGUGUGCAGGGGAGCAGGGCUUUUGGGGGGGUGGGGGUGGGAAAGGCGGGCAGGCAUGUCUUUCAAGGAGGCCAAGCCUGGGGAGAGAAGCAGAAAUCCCGAAGACCAUGUCAGAAAGCAGACUGCAAGCUGCAUCAACGGCAUGGAGGCGGGCAACCCAGCCGGCCCCUCUGGCGAGAAGAAGAGUCACCACUGGAAGAGUUACAAGCUGAUCAUCGACCCUGCCCUGAGGAAGGGGCAACACAAGCUGUACCGCUACGAUGGACUGCACUUCAGCAUGCCUAACCCAGGUGUCCCCCCAGUGGACUGCGUCCGAGACCCCCGGAUCGGCAGGAUAUGGACCAAAAACAAGGAGGUCGAUCUGCCUGUGCCCAAGCUGAAGAUCGACGAGUUCUACGUCGGCCCCGUGCCUCCCAAGCAAGUGACUUUUGCGAAACUGAACGACAAUAUUCGGGAGAACUUUCUUGGCGACAUGUGCAAGAAGUACGGGGAGGUGGAGGAAGUGGAGAUCCUGUACAACCCCAAGAACAAGAAGCACCUGGGCAUUGCCAAAGUUAUAUUUGCCACUGUGACAGGCGCCAGGGAUGCGGUGAAGCAUCUGCACAACACCACCGUCAUGGGCAACCUGAUCCACGUGGAGCUGGACACUAAAGGAGAGACACGUAUGCGGUUCUAUGAACUGUUAGUAAAUGGUCUCUACACACCUCAGACUCUUCCCGUUGGAUCUGACUUGGAUGCUUCACCAAACGUGAAUGAAACGCCGCAGGUUAAUGAAAUCGUAAAACGUACGAAAGAAACGAGUGUUAGUGCAUCAGUAACCCCAAACAGCAGUACCCCAUUUUCCCAUGACACAGCCUAUUCAAGUUGUCGACAGGAUACCCCAAACUCUUACAGCCAGUAUACCCCACAAUCACAAGGAACACCUCACACCCCACGGCUUGGAACACCUUUUUCGCAGGACUCCAACUACUCAAGUCGACAGUCGACACCAGCAUUUCAUUAUGGGCAGGACUACAAACCAAGAAGGCAAGAAUCAAAGUUCACGGACGCUUAUAAUCGGAGGCCUGGGCACCACUAUGUUCACAGGAGCUCUGAUCACACGUUUAAUGCAACGCGAUCUCAGCCAGAGACUUCACAGUUUUCCCACACAUCACCGCUGAGCCAGACUGGUUUGUCCUCAGCCUUUAUUCCUUACCAAGCAUCUUCAGCUUACUCAUUACCCGAUGAAAAUCCAUUCCCACAGACAUCGAGAGAAGUAGACUUCCGGAGAGCAGCACCACCACCACCACCGCCCCCAUCGGAGCCGUUUUCUGACGGUGUAUGUAGUUCUGUAAAUAUUGACUUUGUACCAGUUAAAGAGAAACCAGAGGAACCCCCUCCUCCUGAGCCGGAGUGUGCCAUGGAGCAGAAGUUGCCAUCUGGUGCUCGAACACCAGAGGGAGGGGAAACGCCAGGGACACCCACUUUGGAAGCUGAAAUGCAACACAAUAGUUUAGACUCAAGAAUUGAAAUGCUUUUAAAAGAGCAAAGAACCAAAUUACCUUUCCUAAAUGAACCAAUCUCGGACAAUGAGCUGAGGAUGGAAGGAAGCCCUAUCUCGUCCUCUUCAUCCCAGCUUUCACCAAUUCCCCCUUACAGCUCCAACUCUCAGUACCAGGAUGUCACCCCUUCCUCGCGACCGUCUAGCACUGGUUUAGAGGAUAUCAGCCCUACUCCUUUGCCAGACUCUGACGACGAUGAUGAUGAGCCAAUUUUUGGCACAGCCUCUCUGUGCCAGAGCUCAAGGUCAGGAACUCCCAUUGACCAGAUGAGUCAGUCUUGCAGGAAAGUGGAAAGCACAGAUAUGAUGGAACAGGUAGCUGGUGAUGAAACGCCCGUGUCUGAGAAAAUGGAGGAGGAUCUUCAUCAUUCUUCUGGAGAGGACAUGGAAAUUUCAGAUGACGAAAUGAACAUUUCUCCCAACAGUGCCAAAUCCAUUGUCAUAAAUUCAGCAGUGACAAGUUCUGCAGUCAUAACUCCGGUCAUGCCUAUUAUGCCUCCUGGAUUUCCCCCUCUACCGCCACCUCCACCGCCACCACCACAGCCUGGGUUUCCUAUGCCACCUCCUCUGCCUCCACCACCUCCACCAACACACCCUUCAGUCACAGUACCCCCUCCUCCACUACCAGCCCCACCAGGGGUUCCUCCACCCCAUAUUUUGCCUCCCCCACCACCAUUCCAUCAAGGUAUGUUUCCCAUGAUUCAAGGCGACAUGAUGAGUGCUCUUGGUACACAAUGGGGCGGAAUGCCAAUGUCCUUUCAAAUGCAGACUCAAAUGCUCAGUCGUAUGAUGCAGGGACAAAAUUCAUACCAUUACCCUCAUUUCUUGGGAAAUUCCAUGCAGUUUGGCCAGCAUCCUUACCGUCCCUAUGCCAUGUCCGCACAUCUUUCACGAGGACAGCCUUGGCCACCUUUUCCAAAGUUUGACCCAUCUGUGCCACCCCCAGGCUAUGAGCACAAGAAAGAGGAUCCACAUAAGGCCACAGUGGACGGGGUGCUAUUGGUCAUUGUUAAGGAACUUAAAGCCAUAAUGAAAAGAGAUCUAAACCGCAAAAUGGUCGAAGUUGUGGCAUUCAGGGCAUUUGAUGAGUGGUGGGAUAAAAAGGAGCGUUUAGCAAAGCAAUCUCUAACACCAGUAAAAUCGGGGGAUGGCAAAGAUGAAGAGAAACCAAAGCCGAGGGACCAAAUAACAUCAAGCUUGCUGGAGAGCUGGAACAAGGGAGAAGGACUGGGCUUUGAAGGCAUAGGUCUGGGCAUUGGCCUGCGCGGUGCAAUUCGUCUUCCCUCAUUCAAGGUGAAAAGGAAAGAACCUCCUGAGUCCGGACUGGAGGGAGAACAGAAAAGGAUUCGUGUGACAAAACCUAUCGAUGAGGAGGAUGAAGAGUGUGAACAAGAGAAAGAUGUUACUUUAGAUCCAACCAAGAAUGACACCGAAUCUGUUACUGCCCGGAAAAGGCCAGCGAUGCCCUUAGACAGUGAGGGGGAAGAUGAGGUGGAAAGUGAAGCAGAAGAGCCCUCAGAUAAGGAAGACACGUCGUCUGAGAAGGAUGAGGAGCAGGAUGAGGUCUCAGUUGGUGUCCUCUCCAGUAAGCAUUAUGUUGAAGAUGAGGAGGAUGACCUAGAAACAAGCGGAAAGGAGGAACAAGACUCAGAUGAUGAAGAUGUGACCAGCGUGGCCUCCUCUAAAGCUGAAGCAGAUUCAUCUGACGAAAGUGAAGAGUCUUCAGAAUAUGAGUCUAGUUCAGAGUCUGACGAAGAUGAUGAGGAGGAAGAUGAAGAGGAUGAAUCUGAGUAUGAGGACGAUCAAGAAGAGGAAAUCGAUAUAGAACUGGACGAUGAUAUGGAUGGUGAAGAUGAUGUUUUCAAAGGUCUUUCUGGGCAGAGUAGUCCAACCAAAGUUUCUGUGGUGGAAGAGUUAAUGGAUGACAGUGAAGGUGUGGAAUAUCCUGCACCAUCAACUGCAGAGGAUGUUUCACCUGUGAAAAACAGUGAUUUGGACAUCCCUGCAGUUCAUUCCAAAGAUUUGUUAGAACCAGAAACUACCAGCAAGGAACUGCCUGACAGGACUAUUGAAGUGGAUGAUGGAAAGGAUAUGGAAAAAGCUCCAUCACCAUCAAAUCUAGAAGACCAAUCUGAAGUGUAUGUGGAGCUGCACUUGGAGCCUGUUCUGGAGAGUCCAAGUAUAGAGGCCCAGGAGAAUGUAAUACGACCUGUGACACCUACUGGAGCCUUUGGGGAAGUAAGCGUCCUCCUGAAACCUGAAGAAGUUUCUUCUGAUACUCGACAACCGCUUACAAAAUCUGGACCUUUUAUUGCAGAGGAUGAAGUGCUCUGCCCUCGGACGCCUGGUCGAGACACAGCAGCUCAUUCUGAUUCAGAGGUUCCUCUUCCACCUCUGCCCCAAGUAGCUCUUACUGCACUCCCUUUGACUCAGGUUCACAAUAAGGAAGAGGACCUACCAGUACAUCAUGAAAAGAACUGUAGCCACUUGGCAGUCACAAAAAUGCUAUCUGAGGAGGAACUUCCAAGGACGCCAGGCAGGGAAUUUUCUGCCAAAUCUUCUCAUUUUGAGAAGUCCCAGAGCACCGAUACCGUACCAGCUACACCAGGUAGUGAUGCUCCCCUCACUGGCAGUAGUUUAAAUCUUACUUCUCCUCACAUUCCUGGAAGCCCAUUCUCCUACCUUUCUCAGUCACCUGGCAUAAUAAACAGUGGUAUUCCAAGGACUCCAGGAAGAGACUUUAACUUCACUCCAAUCUUUCCUGAAUCCAAUGCUACCUUCCCAUGUCACCCAUCAAAUAAGAAACCCUCAGUUGAUGAACCAGAUGACAAAUCAUUUAAAGAACCAGCCAGUGCUUCCUUAAUCAUGAAUAAUGUUCCUUCUCCCAUCCCAUUUGCAAGCCCUCCAAGAGGGGAUCAUCAAAAAGACAUUGGGUUAACGGGUGAUGAUCUGGAAUCAUCUGAAACUCCAACCCAUUUUUCUGAUAAAUUAUUAAGUGAAGAGAGCGAGACAGUACUCCAAAAAGGACAGUUGCCUACCACAGAAGAAUCUGCACCUUCACCUACUCUUCCUCCUGCUGGUAGGAGGAAGCCUGGGAGACCGAAGAGGCCCCCUUCUUCCACCUUACUAACAGAUGAUAACACUGAGAAGAACUCAGAAGCUCUCCCUCCUGCGACUGCAUUGGUAGAUGCUUCCCUGGGGAAAUCUGUAACUGUUGAUCAGGAGAGUGAUGCCUGUGGAAUAAAAGAUCCUGCAGCGGAAAACUGUCAUAUGCCCAACUAUGAAGCCAUAAACCAGAAAGUCCCUUUAAAAGAAUUGGAGAACCAGUGGCCAGAGGAAAUAAAAGAAGAGGAGGACAUUACUAAGCUCAAGAAACCAAGAAAUUGGAGGCUCAAAAAGAAGUAUGAGGAAAUUUCAGCUUUUGACUUUUCUCCUCAUCGGUCUCUCUUCAAGCCUCGAUCAGAGUUUGAGGAGAUGAGCAUUCUGUAUGAUAUAUGGAAUAGGGGGAUUGAUGAAGAAGAUGUCAAAUACAUGUGUGUUACUUAUGAUCGGCUACUACAACAAGAUAAUGGCAUGGAUUGGCUCAAUGACACCCUGUGGGUUUACCAUCCUCCAACCAGUGUUUCUUCCCCCAAGAAAAAGAAACGAGAUGAUGGGUUACGGGAUCAUCUUACUGGAUGCGCUCGUAGUGAGGGAUAUUAUAAAAUUGAUCGUAAGGACAAGGCAAAAUACCUCAUCAACAAUCGUUCUAUGACUGAAGAACCUUUAAAUGAUACCCAGGGGAAGAGCAUCCCAGCGCAGCCUCACACCUCAACCAGAGCCGGCUCCGAGAGAAGAUCAGAACAGCGUAGGUUGCUCUCCUCCUUCACUGGAAGCUGCGACAGUGAUCUGCUUAAAUUUAAUCAACUCAAGUUCCGCAAGAAGAAAAUCCGUUUCUGCAAGAGCCAUAUUCACGACUGGGGUCUUUUUGCCAUGGAGCCGAUUGCUGCGGAUGAGAUGGUCAUUGAGUAUGUGGGACAGAAUAUUCGUCAGGUCAUUGCCGAUAUGCGGGAGAAGCGAUACGAGGAUGAAGGGAUCGGGAGCAGCUACAUGUUUAGGGUGGAUCAUGAUACCAUCAUUGAUGCCACAAAAUGUGGGAAUUUCGCUCGGUUUAUUAACCAUAGUUGUAAUCCUAAUUGCUACGCAAAGGUCAUCACUGUGGAGUCACAAAAGAAGAUUGUCAUAUACUCCAAACAGUACAUCAAUGUGAAUGAAGAGAUCACAUACGAUUACAAGUUUCCCAUAGAGGAUGUAAAGAUUCCUUGCCUUUGUGGAGCGGAGAACUGCAGAGGGACGUUGAAUUAAAUGUCCCUCAUUUGUCAUUGCACCUUUCAGCCAUGGCGGACUGCAAGUAACAGGUGUAAGUUGCACUUUGCCAAAAAAAAAGAAAAAAAAAUGAAUGGUUUCGCACUUCUCUUUGGCUU